CAUAAAAAAACAAACCCCUCAAAACCCUAAACCCCUUGCCCUUUCAUCUCAGUCGCUUCGUACUUACGAGUAAGAGCCUUUGGGAGAAGAAUUUUGUUUGGUUGCCUAGCAAAUUGCGAACUAAGCGCUGGAUGCUGCGCGUGGGAGGAGAAGCCUAGUGGUUUAUACCCGCUUCCUCGGUAAUGGCCCUCUCCUCCAUGCUCCGCCUUACGUCAUCUUCACUCGCGCGCUUCCGGCCAAUCUUCUCCGCCUCCGGGCAUUGCCCCUGUUGCGGCUUCUCGGAGCUCCGCUUCCUCUCGACUGGGCUGCCCAGGCGAAUACCCGUGCUUAAAGCGAGGCGGAGGGAUAAAGAAGAGACUAAGGAGGGCAAAGUGGAAGAUGAAGGGGGCAACGGAACACUGUUGGUUAAGGAUAGUAGCGGGCGUGGCGUUUGGGAUGGGAAAAUCGUCGCAACGGAGCUCCAUAAGGAAGCAAAGGAGGCCUACAUGGCGUAUGCGAUGUCGGUGCUUCUCGGCCGUGCCCUCCCGGACGUGCGGGAUGGGCUCAAGCCGGUGCACCGCAGGAUACUGUAUGCAAUGCAUGAGUUAGGCCUUUCAUCUCGCAAGCCUUUCAGGAAAUGUGCUAGAGUAGUUGGAGAGGUUUUGGGUAAAUUUCAUCCCCAUGGAGAUACUGCUGUGUAUGAAUCCCUAGUCAGAAUGGCACAGGUAGAUAUUCAAAGUUUUUAUACAUCAACAUUUUUUUUGGGAGGAGACUUCUACAAGCAGUUCUUUGCUUUGACACAAGAUGAUUCAGUAAUAGAGCAUAGGCAGAGGUUCGAGUACGUGGCUAGGCAAUUGAACCGUCUUUUUGAGACCGUACUAGAGGGGAAUCUCAUGAAGGGAUUAAAACCAAAGAUCCAGGCGGCAGUUAGAGUGAUGAGGCCUCGUGACUUUGUAGAGGACCUGACACUAGGCACCCUUUGGGAGACCCCGAAGGAGAAGACUGUUAGUGGAAAACCUGGGGAUAACUUCAAGAAGAUCACAGAAAUAGAAUUACAGGAGAAAAGGACGAAGGAGAUCUAUUUUAGAUGUGAUGAGAGGUAUACUCCAGGGCACAUAUAUAAGGCACUCACAGAAGCCAUGCUUUUGAUGGAUUUAGAACAGAAUACUGUUGACUUUGUUCCAAAUUUUGACAAUUCACAAAAGGAGCCAUCUCUUUUGCCAGCCCGUGUUCCUACUUUAUUGCUGAAUGGUUCUUCUGGAAUUGCGGUUGGCAUGGCAACAAAUAUUCCACCGCAUAAUCUUUGUGAGCUUGUGGAUGCUCUCACAAUGUUGAUUCAUAAUCCUGAUGCUUCGCUUCAAGAACUGCUGGAAUACAUGCCUGGGCCAGACUUCCCAACAGGAGGGCUGAUCAUGGGGAAUAUCGGAAUUUUGGAAGCCUAUAGAAGUGGUCGGGGACGUAUAAUAAUUAGAGGGAAGACAGAAGUUGAGUCCCUAGAUGAGAAGACAAAACGCAUAGCAAUUAUCAUUAAAGAGAUCCCUUACCAGACAAACAAAGCUGCACUAGUGGAGAAAAUUGCUGAACUAGUUGAAGAUAAGAUAGGUAUUCCUAAUUUUGUAAGUUUAUUUAGGAGUGGAUUAAAUCAUAUCCAGGCUGCCUAUCCUGUUGAUUUCCUUGCUGCUGCCAUUGUUCUCCAGCUGAUGCUGAUGUUCCUUGCUGGCAAAAUACAAGUUAGCUUUGGAUCAUCAGGCUUCAAGAUUGUCCAAGAUUUGAGCACUGAACCAACUUUUCAGCUUUUGGUUUCCCGUGUUGGCAUGGCAACAAAUAUUCCACCGCAUAAUCUUUGUGAGCUUGUGGAUGCUCUCACAAUGUUGAUUCAUAAUCCUGAUGCUUCGCUUCAAGAACUGCUGGAAUACAUGCCUGGGCCAGACUUCCCAACAGGAGGGCUGAUCAUGGGGAAUAUCGGAAUUUUGGAAGCCUAUAGAAGUGGUCGGGGACGUAUAAUAAUUAGAGGGAAGACUGAAGUUGAGUCCCUAGAUGAGAAGACAAAACGCAUAGCAAUUAUCAUUAAAGAGAUCCCUUACCAGACAAACAAAGCUGCACUAGUGGAGAAAAUUGCUGAACUAGUUGAAGAUAAGAUAUUAGAUGGAAUAAGUGAUAUUCGGGAUGAGAGUGAUCGCACUGGGAUGCGUGUUGUUAUAGAGUUGAAAAGGGGUUCAGACCCAGCCAUUGUGCUCAACAACCUUUACCGUCUCACAGCUUUGCAAUCUAGUUUCAGCUGCAAUAUGGUAGGAAUUCUUGAUGGACAGCCAAAGCUGAUGGGUCUGAAAGAGCUACUUCAGGCCUUCCUUGAUUUUCGAUGCUCUGUUAUCGAAAGGCGUGCUGGAUUUCAGCUUUCUCAAGCAAAAGAAAGGAAGCAUGUUGUAGAGGGUAUUAUUAUCGGACUUGACAAUUUGGAUGGAGUAAUCCGCACAAUUCGGGAGACAUCAAAUAAUGCAAUGGCUUUGACCACUUUGAUGAAGAAAUAUUCGUUAUCUCAAAAGCAAGCUGAAGCCUUAUUAGAUAUAACGUUGAGGAAACUUACUUUGCUUGAGAGAAAGAAAUUUGUUCAUGAAAGUGAAUCACUGUCGGAGCAAAUAUCAAAACUAAAUGAGCUUCUGUCUAAUAAGAAAAACAUACUAAAGCUCAUAGUACAAGAGGCGCAUGAGUUGAAAAGCAGAUUUGGAACUCCAAGGAGCUCACUAUUGGAAGAUGGUGAUGGUAGCCAACUUGAGGAAAUUGAUGUUAUUCCAAAUGAAGAAAUGCUUUUGACCCUUAGUGAGAAAGGGUAUGUUAAACGGAUGAAGCCUAACACCUUCAAUUUGCAAAGGCGUGGAACAAUUGGAAAGUCUGUUGGAAAGAUGCGUGUAAAUGAUUCUAUGUCUGACUUUAUCGUCUGUCAUACGCAUGAUCGCAUUCUUUAUUUCAGUGAUCACGGGAUUGUUUAUUCCGCACCUGCCUACAGGAUUCCAGAGUGCUCAAGGACUGCAGCUGGAACACCUUUGGUGCAGCUUCUAUCAUUGACUGAGGGAGAAAGAAUUACAUCUAUAAUUCCUGUUAGUGAAUUUGCUGAAGACCAAUACCUAAUUAUGCUGACUGUGAAAGGCUAUAUCAAGAAAGUUUCUCUUAAUGUUUUUUCAACAAUCAGAGCAACAGGGAUAAUUGCAAUCCAACUGACACCUGGUGAUGAGCUUAAAUGGGUUCGACACUGUGCACAUGAUGACCUCGUUGCAAUUGCUUCACAAAGCGGGAUGGUCACCAUUUGUUCCUGUAAUCUGCUUCGUGUUCUUGGGAGGAAAACAAGAGGUGUAAACUCCAUGAGAUUAAAAGAAGGGGACAAGGUUGCAUCCAUGGACAUAAUACCUUCUGGGAUGCGGAAAGAUUUUCCAAGAGCUUCUGACAUUCCUGGUAGCAGGGGCAGAGAUAUAAGUCCUCCAUGGCUGCUCUUUUUAUCUGAAAGUGGUCAUGGGAAGCGGGUACCUCUAAGUGAAUUUCGCUUGUCAAGAUUUAGAUCAGUGGGGUUGAUUGGCUAUAAGCUUCAAACAGAUGAUCGGCUAGCUGCAAUGUUUGUUGUUGGAUAUUCCUUGGAAGAAGAUGGGGAAAGUGAUGAACAAAUUGUUCUAGUUAGUCAAAGUGGAACUGUUAACAGAAUCAAGGUUCGGGAUAUUUCUAUCCAAUCACGCUAUGCUAGGGGUGUUAUUCUCAUGAGAUUGGAACAUGCUGGAAAGAUCAAGUCUGCUUCACUAAUUGCAGCAUCAGCACCAGAGGAAGCUGAGCUAGAAGAUUGAAGUGUAAACCUGACAAGGUACCAUUUUGGUUACUUAUUUAUGCACAGUUAUGCUGGACAUGAGCUUUUGGUGCCAACAUUGUAAACUUUUUCGCAUCAAAGCAUCAGCAGUUUUGUCAAAAAUGGUCGUUGUAAUCUUAGUGGGCUUUGCAAUCUAUUUUUUUAAGAGAAAAGCUUACUGGUGCUUAUUUCAUUCUUGUAUCAUCUAUUUAACUUUUUCUUUGGUAUCAUGGUUAGCUUCA